GUUGCUUCUCUCCUCAGAAAAAAAUCCCAAAAACGGAAACUUGAAAAUGGACCGUCUCUCGAAAUUUCAGUUUCCAAUUCCGAAAACACUCGAAAACUCGAAAGCUCAAAAAUUAAAUUAAAUUAAUUAAAAUUCUAAUUUAAGCCGCCCGCCUUCUCCUGCGCUGUGGCAAGUGGCUGGCUUUGAAUCCACCUAUAUUUUUGCUGUCCAUUUUUCCCGAUUUUUUUUUUUAAUUUUGGAUAAUUAGCGAUUUUUGUGAGAUUAGAGAAAAGCAGCUUGCGAGGUCUAAAAUUGGCAAAGAAAGCACUUUUUCCCACCGAGAAUUGAGUAAAAAACGCACAAUUUUUUUAUGAUCUGUUUGGGAAAAGCAGGGAUUAUAGAUAGUAGAAUUCUGUUUUUUCAUGGGGAGAAGAAGGAGCAAAACAACAACCUCAACAGGAAACAACCAAUCCGGCAGUUGAUUGGAUUGGGGGAGCUCCAAUUCCAUUUCAAGUCAUUAUCUCCACCGCCGCCGGCGUCAUCAGCAUUGUUCUUUCAACCCACAAGACCACCGCCGAAGAAGCAGCAGAAAAUGGCGACGGAGAGAGGCAGCGAUUUGUCGUCGUCGUCGUUGAUGCUGACUUCUGGAGCGAGCGGCCGCAUAAACGCCCUCCUCUCGCUGCGGGUGCUGCGGAGUCUGAUGAUGCUGAUUAACGCCUUCUUCCUGCUCCUCCUGCUCCCAUUUCGCGGCCGCAAGCGAGCGCCGUCGUCGUCUGCUGCGGCGGCUUCGCCGGUCUUGGCGGAGAAGUCGGCCAAGGACGAGAGGCAGCCUAGGGGGCCGGUGGUCCGGGUGCCAACAACGAUUGUUCCGUGGAAGAGCAGCUCGUCGUUGCCGGUGGACACGGAGGUGGCGGCGAGGAGAGCGUUAGCGAAGCUAAGAGUUGUACAAGAUGAUGAUGAGAAUUCGGUCCGGCGAUAUUCGCUCUUUGCGACUGCGAGAGGUGAAACUCUCUUCACGCAAAGUUGGACUCCCGUUUCCGUUAACAUCAGGGGCGUAGUCAUUCUUAUGCAUGGUCUGAAUGAACACAGUGGAAGAUACGACUACUUUGCAAAGCAACUGAAUGCUAACGGAUUUAAGGUUUACGGAAUGGAUUGGAUUGGUCAUGGUGGGAGUGAUGGGCUUCAUGCAUAUGUUCCUUCUCUCGAUUAUGCUGUUACUGAUAUGAAAUUAUUUCUCGAAAAGGUUUUAGUUGAAAAUCCUGGCCUACCGUGUUUCUGUUUUGGGCAUUCCACAGGUGCAGCCAUUGUCCUUAAGGUAAUGCUUGACCCAAAAUUUGAGUCCUGCAUAGACGGUGUAGUGCUCACAUCACCAGCAGUUGGGGUUCAGCCUGCGCAUCCAAUAUUUGUGGUAAUUGCUCCAUUGCUCUCAUUUUUGCUGCCAAGGUACCAAAUCAGUGCAGCAAAUAAAAAGGGCAUGCCUGUUUCUCGUGACCCAGCGGCUCUAGUUGCCAAGUAUUCGGACCCUCUAGUGUACACUGGAUCCAUCCGCGUAAGGACUGGUUAUGAGAUUCUCCGAAUCACAUCCUACUUGCAGCAGAACCUAACCAAAUUGAGGGUCCCCUUCUUUGUUCUCCACGGCACAGCUGAUACUGUUACUGACCCUGAGGCCUCCCAGAAAUUGUACGAUGAAGGCUCCUCAACUGACAAAACCAUCAAACUGUUUGACGGGUUGUUACAUGACCUUCUCUUUGAGCCAGAGCGAGAAGCCAUUACGAAGGGCAUCAUUGAGUGGUUGAAUCGUAGAAUAUGAAGCAGCUAGGAAGUGCAACAGUGGGAGAUAAAGAUUGAUAAGUCAUGGGACAAAAAGAAAAUGGAUCGAUCGAUACGAAUGACCAUUUUUGUGGAAGCAGGAGAUAGAAAAACCAAAAUUGAUGUGGCUGGAUAAAAACUCAGCGUAUUAUAUUGAAACUCGAAGCAUCGUGACAUUGUUUUCUUGUUCGGUAUUGGAAAGAUCAUCUGCAAUUGUAAAAUGCUUCAUCUCCUAAUCCAUAUGUUGCUUGAAAACUUGCCUGCUGAAGAAUUUAGGCAGGUGGGUUUUCCACAUUUCAAACAGAA